AUGGGGGACCGCGGUGGCGAGAACGGCCGCGUCGUCAUGAUCGUGCGCGCCAACUCCCCGCGCCGCAACGGCGACGCGCCCGGAGGAGGCGGCCCAGGCGGCAGUCCCGGAGGCGGCGGCGGCAACGACCCGCUGGCGCUCAACCUGGGCGCCAUGGAGGCGGACUGGCGCCAGCAGCAGUUCCAGCGUCAGCGCAUGCAGCUGCUGAGCAUGGCCAUCUUCCUCUGCUUCCUCGUCCUCUUCUUCGAUAACCGCGCGGGGGACGCGCGCAGAGGCGGAGGCGCCAGGGGCUCGCAGGGCCUGGGAGGGGACCGCAGCCGCUACUCGUUGCCGCAAAACGCCUUCAACGACACGGACCGGGUGCAAAAGGUGCACGAGUUAGAGAAUUUGCUGAAAGAGCAGCCCGCGUACCGCCACAAGGAGCCGCCGCUGAACGUCACGGGCAUUUACUCGGGUACUUGGGACUCGUUGCUGGCGGAGGAGUACGACGCCAAUAAACCCGUGUACAAGGACAUUAUUCCGUACUUGAAGGUGGAUCGGGAGAUUCAGUUGCAGCAGUACACGCAGCCAGUGGAGACCGGUCACACGUGGCUGUUCUUAAAGAUGAAGCCUCCUGCCUCUAAAGAGCUGACGAAGGAGGUGGCGUACGUCACGGGUCAGCUGGUGAUUUACGAGGAGCAGGCCUCUCUUGCGGCAACAAUUUUGCCAGUUCAGGGAGUUUUCCUGCGUAAACUGGCAAAGUUGACACUGUUCGGCAACAGUCCCGACUCUAGCGUGCAGAUUUUGUAUCGCAAGGACAAGAGCAAUGGCAAUGCUGCAGCCAAUUUAGAGAGACUUCCGCGUCAACCCAGAGCAGAGUUGAUGAAUCUGGGCGUGCUGGAUGGGGUUCCUGCGGUGGAGAACAGGGACGAGUACGCGGCCAUUGACAUCUCGCCGCCGCGGUAUUCGUACGUGUCGCGGUUCCGCAGCAGCGACUCGUUCAGUGACCAGUGUGUGAGCAUCGUGGAGAUGUCGCUGGUGAACGACACCAGCAAGCCACCGCGCAAGGGAGGGGAGGACGACGAAGACGAUGACGCGGCGACCGUGUUGCAGAAGUCCAUGCGCCACAUGAAGCUGGAGGGAACGCUCGCGAGUGUGAACUGUGGACUGUAUCUGAAGCUGGACACGACGUUCCAGGAGGAGAACCUGAACGUGUUCUUCGCCAAGGCGUCUCGCUAUGCCGUGAUCAUGACGUUCAUCGCUAUGGCUGAGAUCUAUUUCCUCCUGAGGCAGCUGCAGAUUUCGAGCACCCAGGCGACGGCAGCGAAGGUGUCGUUGCUGACUAUCGGGCAGCAGGCGAUUGUAGACUCGUACUUGUGUCUGGGCCACCUGACGGUGGGCAUCGUGGCGCAGAACGUGUUUGCUGCUUUCGCUUCGGUCGCGUUCGUGAAGCUCAUCAUCUUCUCGGUGUUUGAGAUGCGGUACCUGCUGAUCAUCUGGAAGGCGCGGAGACCGCAAGGCUUCUCGGAGGGAUGGCUCACGUUGCGUCGGGAGCUCACGACGCUCUACUCGCGGUUCUACCUGUCAUUACUCGCUGGGCUGUGCAUCUUCUACAACUUCUCGAACCACUUGCCCGUGCUGGUCUUCAUCUGCUAUUCAUUCUGGGUUCCCCAAAUUGUCCACAACGUCCACCGGGAGGUGCGGAAUCCAUUUGACCUCGGGUAUCUGUACGGCAUCAGCGCGCUGCGCUUGUUCUUGCCGCUGUAUUUCUACGGCUGCCCGGACAACUUCCUCACCGCCUUCCCGAUGUACGAGAGCAAGAUCGACCCGCAUUUCUGCUACGUGUUGGCAGUGUGGAUGGGGCUGCAGGUCGGAAUCUUAGCUCUGCAACAGCGGUACGGUCCGAGGUUCUUCGUGCCUGCGCGGUUCCUGCCCGUCAAGUACAACUACGAGCGGCGCAUCAACCUGCAGCAGCUGGCACUGCUCAAGGACGGCGACAACUCCAUCGACUGCGUGAUCUGCAUGGUGGAGCUGGACAUCGAAGCGCGCGACUACAUGAUCGCGCCGUGCGACCACAUCUUCCACCGCGAGUGCUUGCAGGGCUGGAUGCAGGUCAAGAUGGAGUGUCCAACAUGUCGACAUGUCCUACCGGAGCCCUAA